AUGUAAUCUUAAUCUAUAAAAUCUAAUGGAAGUGUACUUCUAGAUUACUUCAAGAGUCUUGAAGAAGAGAAUUGGAAUAUAGAAUUGACCCAGUAUUAGAAACUAGUUGAUUUUAAAUUAAGUUAGAAUGUGAUAACUUUUGCAGAAGUGCAAAACUUUUAUGCAUUUGAGGAUCAAAAGUAAGUGUAAAACUUAAUGUAGGAAUUUCCUUUAAAUGCAUUCACAAACUUAAUGGACAGACCAAGAAUGGAAAAUAUUGAUUUGGAUUGUGAUAUCGUAUUGUACGAUACAUAAAAUGAAUCUUUUAAAAAUGGUAUGUGGUAUGUCGAUAUUUAGAAUGAUUGGGAGAUGAUUGAGAAGUUAAUAAAAUUCAAAAGUGGUUUAAAUUGUUAAUAUAAAUGGCUAUGUCAUGUAAUUGGAAGAGAGGAUAGAUUGUAAUGGUGUUAAGAAGAGGAGUAGAUGUUAAAAGAGGAAGUUGAAAAUAGCAAAAAUUUGAAAUGGCAUGAAAUACAAUUUUAGAUAUUCAUGAAAUCUAAUGGGAGAUAUUUUAAGAAAGCCAAACAAUGUAGAGAGAGAUGGAACAAUUAUUUGGAUCCCAGAAUAAAUAGGUAUAAUGAAAGUGAGGUUUUUUUAUAGGAGUUAUUGGAAACCAGAAGAGGAUUUGUGUUUGAUGAAAUUAGCUUAAUCUGAAGGUUUGAAAUGGUCCAAAAUUUCUUAUAAGAUGAAAAAUAGAACUGAAAAUUAAGUAAAAAAUAGAUUUAAGAGUCUAAUAAAUAAGGAGACAAAAGGAUUACAAAUGUAAUUAGAUAUGGGUUAACUUAUUGACAACAUCAUCUAAAAAUUAAUCCCCUUAUAAUUUAAUAAUACUAGUGAUUAUGUGCAAGAAGAAAAACCAUAAAAAGUAAUCUGUUUAGAUAGGAAUAUUAAUUAUAUAUAAUAACAAUAAUUUUGGAUAUACUAAUAUUAGUACUAUUUGGCAUAAUAGCAAUAUUAAAUGUGUUAUAAUUACUAUUAGGGAGAGUAAUCAAUCAAAAGUGAAGAUUGUCAAUCUGAGAAGAUAUCUAGAUCAAAUAGCUUUUGUGGAUUAUUAGAUAAGUUAUCCUUAGAUUCAAAGUCUUUGACUUAAGAAUUAAAUAAGCAAUAAAAUGCUUAAGAAAUUGAAGUUCCAAUCAAUAAUAUUACAAAAUCUUAAUAAUAAAUUACUAUUCCUAAUUUUAUAACAGAAAAUUAAGGAAAAGUCAAAUCUAACAAACAAAGAUUCAAGUUUUCUUCUGGAGAUUAAUGA